GAAGAACUAGAACGCAGUGCCGCACGCAAAUUUGAAGUGAUUUAAAAAAUAAUAAAAAGUUAGGUUAUGUUGUUUCAGGCCAUGUUUUUGUUUAUUUUUAUUUAUUAGUAUUACAAUAAUCCGCAUUUCGCAUAAACAAAAACUUAAAGUAGGUAACUGGACCCCAAGGAGAGGUCAGCUCAAGAUUAAGUUACGAACAUUGCUCUCUCCAAACAGUACGAUAAUACAGGUCAAAAGAUUCAGACAUGGCUACCAAUGGAAAGUUAGCCCUCUUUAGUGUGUCAGACAAGACUGGACUUCUGCCCCUCGCGAAAUGUUUGUCAGACAUCGGCCUUGGCUUGGUGGGCAGCGGGGGAACCGCGACAACCCUCCGCAACGCUGGUCUCAAGGUUUUGGACGUUUCCGACAUAACAGGCGCCCCUGAAAUGCUCGGAGGACGGGUUAAGUCUUUACACCCUGCUGUACACGCGGGGAUAUUGUCCAGAUUAACAGAAUCUGACCAAGCUGACAUGAAGCGACAGAAGUUCGACAUGAUAAGCGUAGUUGUGUGCAAUCUGUACCCAUUCGUCGAGACCAUAUCCAAGCCAAGCGUCACCAUAGCUGACGCCGUGGAAAACAUCGACAUCGGCGGCGUCACACUACUCAGAGCCGCGGCCAAGAACCACGACAGAGUCACCGUCAUCUGUGACCCCAGUGACUAUGACCAGCUUAUUGAUGAGAUCAAAAGCAGCAAAGAUCACCAGACUUCGUUGGAGACUAGGCAAAAAUUAGCACUGAAAGCCUUCACACACACAUCCCAGUAUGAUGUGCACAUCUCGGACUAUUUCCGCAAACAAUAUUCAUCUGGCGAGGCACAACUAACGUUGAGAUAUGGUAUGAACCCACACCAGAAGCCAGCUCAAGUGUUCACAACACGCGACACGUUGCCAUUGAAGACAAUAAACGGUUCGCCGGGCUUCAUCAACCUGUGCGAUGCUCUCAACGCUUGGCAGCUCGUCGCUGAACUGAAGCAAGCGCUCGGGCUCCCAGCCGCGACUAGCUUCAAGCACGUCUCACCCGCCGGGGCUGCUGUUGGUCUACCUUUAUCCGAUGAAGAGGCUUCCGUAUGCAUGGUAACGGACUUGCUGCCCAAGCUGACGCCGCUAGCGUGCGCGUACGCUCGCGCACGCGGCGCUGACCGCAUGAGUUCGUUCGGCGACUUCAUAGCGCUAUCGGACCCCUGCGACGAGGUCACCGCGAGGAUCAUAUCCCGUGAAGUGUCUGAUGGCAUCAUCGCACCGGGGUACUCGCCGGAGGCUCUCGAAUUGUUGAAGAAGAAGAAAGGAGGCGGCUACUGUGUUUUGCAAAUGGACCCAAGUUACACACCAGAUUUGAUUGAGCAAAAGACAAUCUUCGGUCUGACCUUGGAACAGAGACGCAACGACGCUAAGAUAACUGCGGAACUGUUCAACAAUGUCGUCACAGAGAAGAAGGACCUCCCCGCAAACGCUGUGAGAGAUCUCAUCGUGGCAACCAUCGCUCUUAAGUACACUCAGAGCAACUCUGUUUGCUACGCCAGAGAUGGUCAGGUGAUAGGAAUCGGCGCCGGUCAGCAGUCGCGCAUCCACUGCACGCGGCUGGCGGGCGGCAAGGCGGCGCUGUGGUGGACGCGCUGCCACCCGCGCGUGCGCGCGCUGCGCUUCCGGCCCGGCGUCACGCGUGCCGUCGUCUCCAACGCCAUCGACAACUACGUCAACGGGACCGUCGGUACUGAUCUACCUCUCGAGCAAUGGAACUCCCUGUUCGAGGGCGCGCCGCCCGCCCUACUCACUCCUGAAGAGAGGGACGAAUGGGUGAAGAAAAUGGACAAAGUGGCGCUCGCCUCCGACGCGUUCUUCCCCUUCAGAGACAACGUCGACCGAGCUGUGCAGUGUGGCGUGGAAUACAUCGGCAGCCCGGCCGGCUCCAACAACGACCAGGAAGUGAUACAAGCGUGCAACGAGCACAAGAUCAUCCUCGCGCACACCAACUUGCGGCUCUUCCAUCAUUGAUCAUUUCAACAGCUCAACGGUAAAAGCAGCUGGACUCAUCGCCGCGAAGUGGUGGUUCAAUCCCCGUCCGCUGCACCAUUGCCGUAUCCACUUCUAAAGUCUGGCCGCUCAGAAAUUGCGUUUCUGACAGGCCGACGAUGUAACAAAAGAAAAAAAAACGAGGCAAUUGUAAUUUAAUAUGUUCGUCCCAUUCGCACGAGCAGAAACGCAAUUUCUGAGCUGCCGGACUUUAACACAGCUGACUAGUUGGAGGGGAAGGGGAAUAUUUAUCAUAUUAAAAAAAAAAUCGUGACUGGCUGGAGCACUUCAUACCAAUUCAUAAAACGAACUUGUUCCUUCCUCCUCCAUCCAAUGUUCCACAUACUAUAUGAUAAAAAUAAAUUUUGGAUCCCUUUUUAAAAUUUAUGGCAAUUGGCAUAGUUAUAUAAAUGAAAGUUUAUUUUGUUAUAAUAUCUUUGAAUUAAAUUAUAUUGAAAAAAAAAUGGAUUUAUUUCUGUAAUCUUUUAAUUUUGAAAAACACAUCUCGACUUUUCCAGUGGUGUGUAUGAGAAAUUAUGAAAAUAUAUAAAUCAAAUCUUUCUCAAAAUUGACCACAAUUUUUUUUAUUACACUAUUAAAUCAAACUUUAAGCGGGGAGAAAAUAUGUAUUAAGUAACUUCGCACACAUUUUCGGUUCCGCACAAAACGACUGAUAUUUUUGAGAUCUUCUAAUGUGUUAAAGAAAUAAUUAAAUGUUCAAUUUCUAAUCAUGUUAAAAAAUUUAUGUCAUUAUACAACAUUGUUGAAGUACCAUGGAGUAUUGUUGUAACAUUACGGCUUUAUAUUCUUAUCCUUAAGUGUAUGUAUUAUAUUAUUCUUAGAAUCUCUUACACCAACAUUGAUAGUAAUUUGUAGAAAAAUCCAUUUUUUUUAUCUUAUUAAUCUGAAUCUCAGAUUCAUUACUAAACCAUAUAAUUUAUCCUUCUUUGUAUUUGCUAUCUACAUUCCACAAUGUUACUCUUGUUUUUUGUAUGACAACUUGCAUAGUUUAUAGUAAGUAAUUAUUUUACAUUAAUAAAUGUUUAAGUAAUAUAA